AUGUAUUAUUACUUUGGUGCAAUUCCAAUUUGCAUUGUGAAGGAUUUUGAAUUGAUGAAUAAGAAAUUCGUCAAUCAUGCUAAUCAUCAACAAGCUGACAAACUGAUGAGUCCAUUGGUAGCUUGUUGGAAAUAUCAUUCCGCAUGUUUUUCCUCUUUAAUUAGCAAGGAAUUGGAUGCUCAGGGAAGAUUAGUUCGAAUGUUCUUUUACAAUUUGGAGCAACAGAUGAAUGCAAUCUCUUUUCAAUUGUGUUUAUUGGAUGAAGAUGAAAGGCCAGUGAAUAGAUUUGAUUCUUUCUAUCUGCCCCAGCUCAUAGCAAGAAGUGUCUAUUGUAUCUGUACUAGACUUCAUUCAUCAUUAACAGAGUGCAAUUUGGAGUCUUCUUUCCAGGAUGUUUCAGAACAAUUUGGAAAGGUAGUCGAGUUUUUGGUUGGUGGAAUGGAACAUGUAAGGAGUACGAAGGGAUUUGAUGAAUGUGUAAGAAGGUUGACAAUUCUAAUUGUUAGUAAUGAGUGUAAUGCAGAGUUUAAACAAGCUCUCUUGUUGAUUUACUUAUCUUGCUUAUGUGAUAGAUAUGUAGAUAUUGAGGUGAAGAGUGAAUAUCCAUUAAUUACUUACACCAAUGAGUUGGCCAGAUUGAUUUCUUAUCCGAUUGACUCGAAUAGAAUUGUGGAAUUUGUUUCAAAUGAUUUUUAUAAGAAUUUUGAAAUUACAAAAGAUACUCAACUUGAACAUAUUUUGGAUGAUUUUGAAAAUGAGGAAACAUUGGAAAAUAACCUUAUUGCUUUUACACAAUAUUCAUAUUUUGAGAAGACUGUUUUUGCUCCUCAAUUAAGACAAUUGAGUUUUCCAUUCUUGAAGCAGACACCUUUCGGUGAUUGCCAAGAGUUGAAUCUUUUUGAGAUGUUUAUCAACAAUUUUAUAUUUAAUCAUCAAACUAAAAAGUAUGAUCUUUCAUUGCUUCCAGAUAAUGUCAAUUUCAAUAAGGAAAUUGAAAGACUUUUAUUGGACUAUGAUUUAGAUCCUAAACAUGUAAAUUGCCUUUCUUUUAGAUCCAGAUAUCACACAAUUUUACAAGGAAAACCAGAGGUCUUUCAAUAUGUUAAUGCAAGCUUUUUAACUGAACCAGAAAAAGAUUACGAACCACUUACCGAAAUGCAAAAUAAAGUCUUAAAACUUUUUGGCGCCAAUUUUGGUGGUUUUUCAACUUUAAAAAAAAUGAGCGAAGAACCACAAGAAAUCCACGCAGAGAAACGAUCGAGGAGAGCAAGAAGAGUACCACGGAAUAAAACACAACAGGAUGCAGCAAUAGGUCUUGAUGAGUCUGUUAUUAUUGAUGAGACCAAUCAAUCUAUAAUUGCAACAACUGUAGAAUCGGAGAAAGAGGAACAAACAAAUAAUAAUCAAUCAAUUAUUGUACAACAACAAGAAAGUCAAACUAAAUCUUCAGAGAAUGUGCUCACCACAACUAAAUUAUUAUCAAUAGAGAAGAUUUAUAAAAUAGUUAGGAGCAAGAUUGAAAGUUCUAAUACAUCAUCUGAUGAUAAUGAUAAUUCAAAGUUUGUUUUGACAUUGACUGAGAAUCAAAUCAAAUUACGUCUAAACAUUGCAAAGGAGAGGAAAUUAGCCUCAUUACCAGAGGCUGUUGUCAAUAAGAUUUGUGACAUUUUCUCAAUUGCUGUUUGUUAUUUGUGGAAAGUGGAGGAAAAACAAAACUUUUUACUGAAUUGUUUUGGAUCUUCAUACAUGUUGGCUCUUCGUGAAAUAUUAAUGAAAUUUUACAUUCCUCUGAAAGAUGAUCCAAUGUCAAAUCAAACCCUUCGAUUUCUUGUACCUGAGGAAGUGAAAGAUUAUGAAAAGCUUGACAAGAUCUUGGAAGAGCAAGAAAAAGUUAUUUCAGCAAUGAAUACAAGCAAAACUACUUCUGAAAAGAAAGAGAGUGACGUUGAUUCAUCUCUCUAUGAGCUCAUUCAGAAACACCAAGAAAGAUACCAAAACAGGCAGAGUAAAUUCCUUACAGGGCUAGCAAACCCAGAAAAUUUCCUUAAAGAUGCCGACCUAUUCAGACAACAAAGAAUCAAAAAGUCUGAAGCACAGAGAAAGCAAAGAAAAGCUAUGCUUGAUAGAAAGAAGUUAGCACAUUCAAGCACAAUCAAAGCUGAAUCACUUCCAGAUAAUAGAUUUACAGCUGGUAUUAAGGUUAAGAGCAAGAAAAAGAAAACCAAGAAAUAA